AUGGAGGUUCCACGACGUGCUCCGCGCUCGCGAAAACUUCCUAGCCGCUUGCGCUCGCCGUCACCAAAACCGCUGUCGGCUCAGCGACCUGAGAUCGCAAGAGCAGCAUCGCCUGUUGCAAUCACUGAUCAUGCCCCAAAUCCAGAUGCACAAGAAGGUGAGCAGGCCACUGGUCCAGGGAAACGCCACAGGAGGCCUAGUUCUAUGUAUAAACCUCCAGAAGCGCUGACAGCGGACGUCAAACGGGCUUCGCCUGUGGCUAUGCAUGCUAAACCCAAGAGUGCGGCACGUCCUCAUCCCAAACCCCUUUCUCUCGUGAAGAAAGAAGGUGAUGAGGUCCGUACACCCACGCGAAUUACACUCCGUGUGCCGCCUCAAUCUGCAUCAGCCGUGGAUGAUGUUCAUACACCCGCUACAUUCACGAGGAGAGGAGAGCGUAUGACGGAGCCUAUUCGUAAAAAGGCGACCAGAGCAGACAAUGAGACAGGUAUCAUGAGCCCCAAGCCCGUACGUACGGCAUCUGGUGUUUGGCGCAUGAGUACAACACUUUUCCCUAACCAAGAUGAGGAGGAUGAGGAUGAGGAUGAUCUCGACGAGGAAGGUGCAGGAGAAGUGGCUCGCAAUACGCUUCAACUUGAUCUUGCUGAGCGCGCCUGGUCCAUCGCGAUGUCCGAUACCCCUAAGCCCAUUCUGCACGUUGACGAACAGGAUUUGUGUGCGGACUCAGAUGGUGAUGAAGACGAUUUCCAUCAAACUAUGCUUCAUGAUGACGAACUCGAUAUGCUUACACGGGCUGAUUCGCCCAAGGACAGCGACGAAGAUGCACCUCUCACGGAUGGACAUGUUACUACGCCAGCCUCAUGUGGGGCGAAGGAUUCGCCCGUCGAAGCUCGAAGUUGUUCGCCAGCAUUGUCCAACUCGGCGUCGUCGCCGCCCAUGGAGGGAAGAAAGGAUCCUGUGUUUUCACAUGCGCUGCCUGUUCCACACGUGCUUACCAAUGACCUGUCGGUCCAUGCCGGUUCUAUUACAUUAUCUCUUCCAUUUGAUUUAACGCAACCUACCUCCCAUACAAAUAUUUCGACGGGAGUUGGAGAUUCAGUGUCUUCGCCGAUUUUAGAUGCACACGGUGAGACCCCUCUCACGCCGGUGCAUUCACAUACCGUGAGCUCCCCUGACGAAGAUGAAGAAAAAGAACGUCUUUGCUCGUUGGUUCCGCCCACAUUGCCAUCCGAUCUAUCUCAGGUAAAGCCAAUAAUGGCUCCGUCCUUAUCUUCCUCCUCUCCUUUGAGCAACAUUGACGAGGGAUCCGAGCAGACCUUGCUUGAUACAGCGUUUGAAACAGGUGAGCCUGCGGCGGUAUCUCAGGAAACUGCGCACAAGGAUGCUUGGAUUAACGCGGGGCCCUCAUUGCACAUGUCCCUAGAUGAUACGGAUAUGGACCCUUUUCUGGGAGCGCCUGAAAAAAUGUUCGCACUAACGGAUCUGGACCGUGCGUGGAAUCUAGCAAUCGACUGUGACGCGGACUCCGCUGAGGCGCCAAAGCGGCCCAGAAGUGUUCUGACACAUGGAAAGCGACCUCGUAGUGCGGAUGGAUCCUACACGUCGCAAUCUCGCACGCGCAUGUCUCGUCUGCGUAGCCGUGCGUUGUGA